AGAGUGAGAGAGCGAGCUCAAAAUUGGUUAUCUCCGGCACUGGCACCAGCUUUUGCAUACCAAACGCUGAAUGCCUGUCCUUCCUAAGAAGAAGAAACCCUAACCAUAUUUCCUGAGGCAUUUGCAGAGGGCUUUCAUAUGCUGAGCAGCAAACCAGUUAUUAGAUGGAUUUACGAAGGAUUGGAACAGGGACGAAGCCAUGGCCACGAACUUCUUUGCAUCUCUCUCCCUCUCUCUCUGUCCCCUUCGUUCUCUCCCUUGUUUCAUCACCGCCGCUGCUGCAAGUUGCAGCAACGACGAACCCCUCCACGUCCGACCCCAGUUAAGUUAACCAGGAUGCAACUUUGUGAAAUCUUUAUCCCAUCUAUCUCUCGGUAGACAGAAGGAGAAAGCUUUUUGUUGGAAAGGCUAAGACAAUAGCAUGAGAAUACUUUGAAACCAAUUGGAUAUCCUCCCACACCGGACCUCUUUCUCAAAGAUGAUCAAAUACAUCAAAAGAAGCAAAGAUUGUUCAACUCAGAUCGAAUAACCAGAAACACCUAAAUGGAAAUAUUUCUCCCAUGGAUCCAAGACAAUUUCACCGAUACCCAUUUGAAAUUCUCAAAUAGAUAUUGAUGAUGUCGAUGAAAAAGAAAACGAGCGAGAGAGAAGAGAUUGAAGAAAGCCACAGCCGACCAGGGUACGCCUUUAUGAAGAAGAGAAGCUAGUUUAUAGAACCAAACACAUUCUCCUUCGACGCAGCUUUGCUCAGGUCCUCUCUCUCUCUCCCUAUUCCCUUCGUUCUCUCUCCUUCUCGCCCCUCUUUCUGUAACAGUGGCGGACCCCUCCACAUCUGACCUUCCUCCACCGUCUCCACCUCCGGCCUCUCUCUCUCUCUCUCUCUCUCCUUCAUCCCCUCCAUUCUCUCUCCCCUGUUUUGUCACCACCUAGUGGAACCCUCCACCGGCCUCACUCACUCCAAAGCACCCAAGGGCAAGCUCUAAACGCCUCCACCAUUUGCCACCUCCUCAAACUCCUCCAACAGAUCCCGCCUCGCCCUCACUAGAAUCUGCUGCCUCCUCAAACUCUUCCAACAGGUUCUGGCUUCACCCAUCCGGCAAUCUUCAGCAAACCAUUCCCGUAAGACAUGGGAAAGCAUUCCAGUAAGAGAGACAUGGGAAAGCAUUCCGGUAAUACGGGAGCCUUCCAUGCCUCCGUUUAUGAAGGAGCUUCAGCUUUGAAAAAAUGUGCCUCUUCUUUCUUUAGUAUUUUUGCCAUUAAAACUGACAAAGAGCUUGCACCGGAGCUUAGGGCACUGGGACUGAGAGCGAGACCAUAUGGGAGGAACUUUGUUUUCUCAUAGCUCAUCAGCUGAAAAAUGGCGAGAUUCGUGAGUCAGCUGAAAAAAAGAGCUUGCACCGGAACUCUGUUUUGCUCCUGCUCGACAAUUGCAAUCUCUUGAACUUUUUAAUAUGUCUUAGGAUCUUGAUCGAGGGAGCAAUAGGUUCAGCUUCCAUAUGCCGAUCAUCGUUGGCUUUGUCAUAGGUGGCAGCAGUUGAAUCGUAUGCAAUCGAUCACCAAAAACCCUCUACAGAUCGUGGCAAUGUUCUGUAGUGGCCGCCGUCGCCUACGACGACUGGGCGUUCUGUUCAGAUGAGCGAGUCUGCACAUAUGCAAAGCAAGGGACAAAAAGGCAGCCGGUAUCCAAACACAAUGCGUAGGGUUCGAGGCAUUUUGAAUAUUUGAGAAAAAGAAGGCACAUCACAUUGCCCGUCAAAAAGAGAAAAAGGAGAGGACUGAGAGAGCUUUAAGAAGAAACGAAGAGUAAGAGGGAUCGUCCGGGAGACAGAGAGCGAAGAUAGGGAGAGAUGUAUCGAUUCAGUAACACUGUAAUCGGUUUCCUGAACCUCUUCACGCUUCUGGGUUCAAUACCCAUCAUCGGUGGAGGGCUGUGGAUGGCAAGAAACAGCACCAGCUGCGAAAGCUUCUUACAGACAUCGCUUCUGGUUAUCGGGUUCGUGGUGCUCGUAGUCUCCUUGGCGGGCUUCAUAGGGGCCUGCUUUAAUGUCGCUUGGGCUCUCUGGGUGUACCUGGCUGUGAUGUUGCUUCUCAUUGCCACCUUGUUGUCCUUCACCAUAUUCGGAUUCGUCGUCACCAGCCAGGGUGGAGGUGUGCAGGUGCCUGGUCGGGUUUACAAGGAAUAUAGGCUCCAGGAUUACUCCCCAUGGUUGAGAAACCGAGUUAAGGAUCCUCGCUACUGGAGGACCAUCAGGACUUGCCUCUUGGGUUCCAAAACCUGCUCCAAGCUUGCUUAUUGGACUCCUCUUGAUUAUCUAGAAAGGGACCUCUCUCCAAUACAGUCUGGUUGUUGCAAGCCCCCGACUUCGUGCAACUAUGGCACGGCAACCAUGUUGGCGCAGGACCCGGACUGCUAUCGGUGGAACAAUGUGGCCACUUUGCUCUGCUAUGAGUGCGACUCGUGCAAGGCCGGAGUGCUGGAAGACGUGAGGAGGGAUUGGCAUAAACUGUCCGUCCUAAACGUUGUAGUGCUUGUGCUGCUCAUCUGUAUCUACUCCAUUGGCUGCUGCGCGUUCCGCAACAGCAGAAGAUCUGAAACUGACUACCCCUACGGCCAGAAUCGGAUGACCAAAGUCCGACCGAGAUGGGACUUCUACUGGUGGAGAUGGUGGCAUGACAGAAGAGAACAGCUUUAUUAGCUCUAGCUGUCUGUCUGCGUCGUUGCUUCUUGGUAGUCUUGAUCUGGGACCAUCUGGCUUUCUCAUCGUAUGUGGUUUAUAGGUUUGAGAGUAUUAAUGGUGGCCAGUUUUCAAUUUUAUUGUAAAUAAAGGGUGCAAUUUACUUUAUUUAAAUGUUUGUUUUCCUUCCAUUAUCUACCUUUUCGAAAUUAGUGGAAGCUUUAAUGAAUCAAGCUGGGAAUGUUCUAGUUAUGUUAUCCAUGUAUACACAUCAACUGGUUCGAAAAGGAUGUAUCAUCCUCCCCACCUCUAUAUAAUAUUAGAUAUUCGUUUGGAUUUA